CGGCCCGCGCCGAUGUAAAAAAAAAAACGUGUGAGGAGAGAAGCAAAAAGGAUCGCUGGAGAUUCCACGUGAAAGUGUGAAAACAUGGAGGCAGUUCAACAGCCGGAGAUACAGCUGGCCCAGAGGUUAGCCUCCAAUGAAAAGUCCAUCAGGAGCAAGGCAAUGAAGAAACUACGGAAAUACAUCAAUGUCCGCUCACAGAAAGUCGGAGGUGCAUUCACAGCAGAAGAACUUCUCAAGCUGUGGAAAGGUCUUUUCUACUGCCUGUGGAUGCAGGACAAACCACUGCUGCAGGAGGAGCUGUCCCACCAGAUCUCCAAACUCAUCCACAGCUUCCAUGACAUCGACAGACAGCUGAUGUAUUUGAAGAGCUUCCUGCAAACCUUAGAGCGAGAGUGGACUGGGAUUGAUCGGCUGCGGAUGGACAAGUUCUACCAGCUGGUCCGCUUCAUGUUCAGACAAACUUUUGAAAUCCUAAAGAGGAGCAAUUGGGAAAGCAGUUCCAUUGGCAAGUUUUUGGAGCUGCUGAAAUCUGACCUCCUGCAAAAAGAGAGCGAGGUGCCGUCUGGAUUGCUGUUGCACAUCAUGGACCUUUACAUGACUGAACUAGCAGCUGUUGGUGCUGCAGAGCUGACUGCCGAACAGAACCUGACUUUUAUAGAACCUUUCUGCCGGAAAGCAGCAAAAACCAAGAACCAAACACUUUUCAGCGCCAUCUGCAAAAGCUUUUUCAGCACCAUCAUUGACCAGGCUCCUUUUGCUGUAGAGGACUUAAUGAAGGAGGUAAAAGCAGCCAGGAUGUCAGAAUCUGACUCAGGGCAGGAAUCUGAGGAUGACGAUGACGAACUGGAGGAAGAUGACAGACCCGUCAGGAAGAAUCGAGCCGGGCAGCUGGACGAUGAGAAUGAUUUGGAAGUAGAAGAGGAAAGUGAAGAUGAGCUGCUUCACCAGUUGGAGUCUGGCUCUGAACUGCCAGAUGAAGACAUCGGACCGGUUCUCCAGUUUAACUAUAGUGAUCUGGCAGACGAGCUGUUUAAGCUGGCGAGGCGGAAGAGCACGCCCGGACAUAACAGGCAGAAACUCUACAAAAUCAUCAAAGUGCUGCGUGAUCUCAGUCAAGGCACAUUUCCACAGGAUGAAUAUCCAGAAGAGGUUUCCACAGAUGAAGAUGAUGAUAUGUUUGGCAGCAGGAAGAGGAUGAAGAGAGCAGCUCCCAAAGGGGACAGGGGGAAACCAGCAGAGAAGAAGAGCAAAGUUGACCAAGAUGGAAAAAAGAAGGAACCAGACGGACAAAGUGACACCAUGGAACCUGCAGAUGAGGUACCUGUUAAUGAUGAAAAGAUGAACAAAAAGAAAAAGAAGAAGAAAGCAGGGGCUGAAGACGCAAAAUCUCUGCAGUGUUCGGAGGCCCAGCCCUUAGAUAAGAGGAGACUCCAACCAACGUUAUGCAAGACUGUUGAGAAUCAGCCGAAAACAGAGAAGGGACUCAAUGGCAUCUCUGAUGCUGUGUUAACGGAGGGGGAGGAGGUACAGCAAACUGCUACAUUGGAUACUUCCUCUGACACUUUAGCUCCAGCAUCUGGGAAGAAGAAAAACACAAAGAAGGGCCAGAAAGCUGAAGCUAAAGCACAGAGCGUAUCUGCUGAUGAUUCACUGCCCACAGAAAGUCCUGUAGCAUCAGCUGAGGAAAGAGCUCAAACUCCUGCCAAGAACAAAAAGAAGCAUCGGAAGGCUGAGGGCAAGGAAGUCCAACAAUCAGGUCCUAAUGAAGCUCCAGUACAUGAUCUAAUGCCCGAACUAAGAGCUGAGACUCCAAUUUCGGCCAAGAAGAAGAUUCAGAAGAUGAAAGAAGAGCAUAAAGUUGUGGCUCACACAGACGGGGCCAGAUCGGAAAACUCUGCUGGGGAAAUCACAUCUAGCGCGCAACAUAAAAAGAUUACAAAGAAAAAGGGCAAGCAAGAAGUCAACACUGAUGAAAUCCAGCAGACAGGUUCUGAGUCCAGACCUGCAGGGGAGACCACUCCAACGCCACGGAAAGGGAAGAAGAACCUGAAAGGAAAAAAGAUGACUGAAGGGUCAGAAAAUACUCCGAUGGAUGCCGCAACAAUGAAACGACUGCAGAAAAAAAGAAAGAGCCCCAUAUGUGGAGCUGACCAGCUGGAUGAAGUUGGAAACGGCAGCGCAGAUCAAGAGAAGCCAGCGGCAGAAGCUGAAAUAAUCAGGUCUCCUGAGAAAAAGGCAAAAAUAAAGAAGAAGAAGAAGAUCCAAGUGCAGUUUGAGUUCGAGGCAGAUGAGUUGGAGGGAACCACAGCAAACAACAGCAUGACUGAAGUAAAGAGCAAGAGUCCAAAAACCAAACCUAACAACAUGCAGUCUACCCCCCAUCAAUCAAAGAAGGUCAGAUUUGGGCUGAGGAAUAAUAAAACGGCAGAGUUUAAGAAGACUGAUCUCACUGUGCUUCUCAGUCCGGAGGGUUCGUCUCGAGUGCCGUUUGACCCGCAGCAGAAACCAAAGUUUGGGGUCUUAAAGUCUCCGCCCACUCCUGUAUCCUCUGGUUCCAAGAAAACCCCCAAGAAGAACAGGGGCAAAUUGCUCCAAGCAACACCUAAAGGACGACCUUUGGGAAAGCGCAAUUUUUUUUAAGUCUUUAAGAACUGUUGGA